UAGGUUACACUCACGCAUGCGCAGAACGAAGUACAAUUUGUUGAUAUCCUGUUUGGUUUAUAGUAUUCUCCGGGGUUUUGCUCGUUCAAACAGCAAUUUACCAAGAAGCUUCGGUUCCAGUUGAGAGUGGAUGCGCUAGUCAAGAGAAAGUCACCUAUAUGAGGGGCUAAUGGAUGACACACCCGAUUUGGCUGAACGCACCCCACGUUCAGAACGUAAGCGGAGGGAUUCGUUUGGGAUGUUUGAUGGCUAUGACAGCUGUAGUGAGGAGUCAACCAGCAGCUCCAGCUCAGAGGACAGCGAGGAUGAGAUGGUGCCCUCCAUCCCUGCCAGUCUCCCCAUCAUCAAGAACAAUGGCCAGGUCUAUACUUAUCCUGAUGGAAAAGCUGGAAUGGCCACCUGUGAGAUGUGUGGAAUGAUAGGAGUCCGAGAUGCCUUUUAUUCCAAAACAAAGCGUUUCUGCAGUGUUUCUUGUUCCAGGAGCUAUUCUUCCAAUUCCAAAAAAGCAAGCAUAUUAGCGAGACUCCAGGGCAAGCCUCCAACAAAAAAAGCAAAAGUAUUACAGAAGCAACCUCUUGUGGCAAAAUUGGCAGCUUAUGCUCAGUACCAAGCAAGUCAACAGAACCAGGCCAAAUCAAAAGCCGUGGUUCCAACUGAAAGUUUUGACUGGGGUCAGUAUAUCUGUGUCAAUAACACAUCUGGAGCGCCAGUCAGCUGUUUCAAGCAUGCCCCCAUGGGGACAUGCUGGGGAGGUAUUGAAGAAGGGGUGAGAAUUGAAGUGCUCAACUCUGACACCAACCACUUGACUAAGGUGUACUGGAUAGCAGAAAUUGUUAAGCUAGCAGGCUUCAAGGCUCUCCUGCGUUAUGAAGGUUUUGACAUUGACAGCAGUAAGGACUUCUGGUGUAAUCUCUGUAUCCCAGAGGUUCAUCCUGUGGGCUGGUGUGCCUCUAGUGGAAAACCUCUUGUACCUCCAAAAAGCAUACAGCAUAAGCAUUCUAACUGGAAGGCAUUUCUUGUCAAGCGUCUCACUGGAGCAAAAACACUGCCACCCGACUUUAAUGCCAAGGUUCAUGAAAACACACAGUACCCCUUUAAGAAGCUGAUGCGAGUAGAGGUGGUGGAUAAAAACUAUCUGUGCCGGACACGAGUGGCCUUGGUGGAGCAAGUGAUUGGAGGUCGCCUCAGGCUGGUCUAUGAAGAGAGCCAGGAUGGAUCAGAUGACUUCUGGUGUCAUAUGUACAGCCCUCUCAUUCAUAAUAUUGGAUGGUCACGCAGCAUUGGACACCGCUUUAAAAGAUCUGGUGGGUUUAUGAGACCAGUAUGAUCGAUGUUUUUUUAAUGAUUGAAUCAGAAUAAGAGAGAGCAAUGCCUUAAUGAUGGCAGAGACAAGAGGACAGACAGGUGUAAAAUAGCUAAACUAUAAAAUGCCAGUGAAAAUGUUGCACUUAUUGCACGGUAUAAUAAUAAAGCUGCAAGUAGCGAUGAAUUUGCCCUUACAAUCCCUCCUUUUUACGAUAAAUCCUCAAAAUUAUGAUCAAACUUUUGAUGCUAUCCUCUGCACACAUUAAAUGUCACCAGUCUGUCUAGGAGAGGGGUACUUAAGUACAAAUAUGAAAUGGAUAAAAAGAUUUUUUUCAAUGAGUCAAAGUUCUAUUUAUUGAGGUUGGUCAGGCUGCAUGUAAUUAUACUGCAGUGUUAAAAACUAAAUGUCCUUUUCAUUCAAAAUAAUAACAAAAAUACAAACUAAAAUAAAAUUUAAUUUCUGUUUUGACAUCUA